AUGGCUUCACGACAUCAACGCAUAGUCGCAUAUCUGCGCCUACGGCAUCGAGACUUUGACCGCGUCAUGUCGUUCACGGUAUCAGCAAACGACGACUAUCACAUCGGCAGAGAAGAGGUCGAGGACUCGUUCAACAUCAAGGCUCAAAGCAUCUCGAAACACCAUGUCAAGAUCCGCUGCGGCAUGUACGACGAGCUACACGAAGACACGAGAGUGGCGCCCAUGGUGUAUGCUCGCGUUCUCUCGAAGAACCCAGUGCGACUUGUCCGGCAGGGAAUGGAUGGUGAAGAUCGCAGUCAUCGUGUGUCGAGCAUGGAUUCUGACGUGCUGCUUGAUGAUGGGGAUGUGCUAGAGUUGUCGGAUGCGGUUUCGGUUGAGUUUGUGGCGAGGGAGGAGUAUGCUGCUACAGCGGACGGUCUCAAUGAUACGCAGUGGAGGGAGUUCGAGCUUCUGCGGCCGCACUAUGAAGUGACGAAUCGCAGACUGGGCGUAGGAGGCAAUGCUAGCGUGUUCGUUGCAGUCAAGGCACAAUCACUGCGGCAGGUCGCUUGCAAGGUGCUACCUGUACCCUUCGUGAACCCGGAAGCUGAAGCGCGGAUUAUGAAGGACCUCAAGCUCGACGACGAUGAACGGGAUGCUCGACUGGCAGACCUCGAACGACGCAUGAACAAACGCCGCUCAGAGCUGACAAGAGAGUACGGCACGCUCAAAGACCUCAACCACCCGAACAUCGUCGCGCUUGAGAAAGUCAUAUACACGCCCAACAACAUCUACAUCUUCCAAGAACUCAUCACAGGCGGCGACCUCAUGUCUUAUACAGACCUCAAAGGCGUGCUAGGCGAGCCGCAAGCUGCAGUCAUAGUGCGGCAGAUUCUGAAGGCUGUGGAGUAUCUACAUGAUAACGGCAUCGUGCACCGAGACAUCAAACCAGAGAAUGUCCUGAUGACUUCGUGGAGGGAUGGAGCGAGGGUGGUGCUUACGGACUUUGGGCAGGCGAGGACUGUUGGUGAUGCGAAAGCUGUGGCGAAGAAGUCGGCGGUGUUUCGGAUGCAGAGUGUGGUGGGGACGAUCGGGUAUACUGCGCCCGAAGUACUCCGCCAGCUCAAGCGCGACCUCCAUGACAAAGGCUACAGCAAAGCCAUUGACAUCUGGUCGGUCGGCUGCAUAGCGGCCGUUCUCCUGACGGGCGAGAUGCUAUGUCUCGACCAACCAAACGCAAUGGACGAAGAUUUGGACUACUCGCAGCUCUCGCAAGCCAUCGACCUGGACGUCCUGGACACAGCAACAUGGUGGCAGUCAGUCGGCCGCAAGCCAAAGUCCUUCGUUCGUGGCUGCGCGGCUGUGGAUGAAACGCAACGACUGACGGCCAAGCAAGCGUUGCUGCAUGAGUGGUUCACGAACAGACACUAUGCCGACGAGCUGGAGGCGGCGUACCAGCGAGCCAUCGCUGACUGGAAGCCGCGGCAGGGUAGUGGGAACGUCAUCGAGUACAUCGACACCGACGUCAAGACCACGAAGAAGCGAACCACGGCCGCAAGCACCAAGUCCCAUCACUUCGCUGUACCAGCUCAACAGCCAGCAAAGCCCAGCUUGUUCUUCGGCACCAAGAACAACGUGCCCACAAAAGCAGCGACAACUGCCUUUCAAGCAAACCGCAACGACUCCUCCGACGAGGAGAUGACCCAGAUACCAGAAUCACCGCCACAGCACACCACCUACGAAACACAAGUCACCGUCGACCCCGAAUUCACCGAGCCCAGCGGCAUCAACAAGGACCCGCAGAUGAGCUUUGGACAACCCAGUAUCCCAUCGCCGCCGCCAUUUUCGUUGCCUGGCUGGAGCGAUCUGCCUCCGAGCUCACAGAUGCCGUUGGGGAGUCUGCCGCCUCCGCCGCCGGAUAGCUUCAAGUGA